AUGUCCUCAGAUACUGGGCGAUCUACUGAAAGUCAACAUGCUCCGUCUUCAUUUCCGGCUGCUCUCGUAGAGAAGCAUGAAGCUGGUACUGCCUCUGCCGCCAUCGCGUCUACGACGACCGUGAACACCUUUCACUCGGCUCGAGAGACAAUACCCGAUGCGCCACCGUCCGAAGCGCCCGCCAACCAUUCCUCCCCACCCCAAACUCCUGCAUCUGGCGCAUUACAGCAUCCUGUGGGCAAUAACUCCGUUCCCGCACUUCUACCUCCCGAGCCAGCUAGGCCUGCGAAUCCUCAGAAUGCUGGGGCGGAUGCAGCCGCGGCAAAUGCGGAUAACGCGCCAACCCGCCCCUUAUUUCCCCAGCAAUCUUGGAUUGGACGAGUGCUUCUGUUCUUUGGCUAUAAUGAUCGAGCACGCAAACAGUUGAUCGCGCUCAUAUGGACUACAUUCAUCGACAUUGGAGAGCUCAUCGCGAUCCUCGUCUUGCUACCGCUCUCUGCGCAUCUUAUCAGCCCAACCGAUGCGCCACGCAAUGAGUGGGAUGCUUGUUCGAAGCCCCUUGGCGCGUGGAACGCCAUAUGGACCGUACGAGCCACGGUCGAUCUUGUUCUCGCCUACACAGCCUGGACGACGCAACGCAGGAAACGCAUGAACCCUACUAGUGAGGAAGCUCCGGCAGUCAAUGAUAACCCCAAUGCAGGUACAGACGCUGAGAACGCGGGUCCUGCGCCCGCUGGGGAAGGCAACCCUACCCAAGACGAACAGCCUGCGCAGAACGGCAACACAGGAGCGCGAAGAAGGGCGUACCCGGCAUGGCAGGCGAGGCUGUCCGCGCUUUCCACGAUAUUCACAUUCGCUUGGUUCAUACUUGCGCACAUAUUCGUCUACACGUCUGUGGACUCGUGCCGGCUAUCCUCGCCACAUAUUUGGUGGCUGUCAUUCGCUCUGCUAUGCGUCAUGUACAUAUCGGUGGUGGAGGUUCUACUGAUCGCCCUGAUUGUCUUCGUGGUCGGGCCGCUUAUAGCGUUGGGUAUCACGAUCAUCUUGAUUCUCAUGGGUCGUCAUCCUCUACAGACCGCGCAUCAAAUCCGACCAGAUAUCAACAAGCUGCCGAAGGAGCUUGUAGAUCUCAUCCCCCUUGUCGUAUUCAUCCCUCCGCCUCCUGAUGAGCCAGUCGCAAGUCCUAUCACUAUCCCUUCAGCUGCACUUUCGUACCCUCCAGCUCCCAAACCUCCACAGCCCAAGAAGAAGCCGCGCUUCCGUUUCUUGCAUCGCAAGCCGAAGAAGACGUCUACGACGGAGAAUGAUGGAGAUGCAAAGCAUGUUGACGACUCCGACGAUUCAAAGCCACGCGUUUGGGAGGAUCGCUGGGAAAAGAGCGAUUAUCCCUUUGUUCGACUAGAGGAGAACCGUGCGACCUGCGCAGUGUGUAUGGAAGACUUUGUGGAACCUCUGCGCAAAGGUGGUGCAACCAGUCCUGCGGUGGCAUCUGGGCCUCCCAGUUCGCCUGUUGUCGAAGACCCAGCUACCAUCCGUCUAGAAGAUGCAGGCGAGGGCGCUCAGCCACUUCGACUCCUCGCGUGCGGGCAUGUCUUCCAUCAAUCAUGCCUGGACCCGUGGCUCACUGGCGUAUCUGGACGUUGCCCGACUUGUCAGCGGCCCGUUGAGUUCACACCCGAACAACUCGAGCACGUCAAUAAAGGGAGUGGUCGACGACGACGACGCCGCGAGACCCUACCACCAUAG